UCUUCAUUUCGUUGUUGGUGAGCCUGGAGCUUUUCAGCUGCUGCUGAAUUUUGCUGUGGCAGUUGCUACAUGUUGCUACUGAUGACCAACAACUUUGCGACUUCCAUCCAUUUUGCCGGGAAAGUUGGUGUUAGAGCUAAGGAAUUAAGAAAAAUAGAAUGUCAGGAACAAGUCCGGAACGACAAUGCGCAGAUGCUGGUUCUGAGGAAAUCUUAGCUGAGGUGAUCCUGUACGGUUAUGAUUCUGAAAACAUGAUCCAACCGGAAAUCAUUCCGUUGGACUUGGACAUUGAAGGAAACGUUCCAUUAGCUCGAAAUAAGUCUCCUACGAACAGCACCAACUCAAGGAACAUUAUUGAUUCAAGCGAAAGUUAUGGCGAAACGUCUGGAGGUUCUUCAGAUCCGACGAACACAGUUAUGGCAAAAUUCGAAGAAAUUUCGAGCAAUUUCUCCCCCCGAAUUUUAGAACAAAUUCUUUCUAAUUCAGAAGGUGGCCGAGAAGUUAUUUCCAAAGCCAAACUCGGAGAGCUCUCUCAACAUAAAUCAAAAGUACUCGUCGAUGUCAUUGCUCAAUGGCAUCUUCAAAAUAGGAGUUCCUUAACAUCUCAAGACCUUAGAACUUAUGCGUUAUCUGUCACAACGCUGUUUCCUUUCGAAGACGCUAAGAAAUAUUAUGUUCCAAAAGCCGGUGGCAGAAAAAACAAUAGUGGCAAAAUAGCUAAUAGGAUUGGAAACAUAAAGCAAAGGAAGCGUAGGCUCGACUUACAGGAAGAAAAACAUGCAGAGUCUUGCAAGAUCGGUCCGCCUUCUGAGGAAAAGUUGGAUCGCUUGGUUAUUGAAGCUAACCAAUGGUUGGAGUUGAACUGCCAACCUUGGUCAACCGUCCUUGAUAACUGGAAAACAAGUUUUCAGUUUCGAAAAAAACACCUUCGCGCCGAAAAAUGCAUCGAUAAAAUUUUUACAACAUAUCCACAAUUAAAAUACGAAAAUGGAUAUCAACUAAUUGAUAUCGACUUCCAGCUGUUAUUCCCCAAAGCUCCUAACGGAAUUAAAAGGUUGGAUGAACUGCGGCCUAUUGUGAUAGAAGUUCUAUCAAAAAAAGCGGUCGACCCAUUUACCACAACUCUGCAAACGUUGUUGGUAAAUAACUCGACAGCAGACACCAAACUUUGUGCACUUUUGUUGGCCCUCAAUGCAAUCCUUCCGCCAAUCGCUGUAGGUCGGCGAUACAAACCGACAAUCAGAGACGCGCAACAAGAUACGAUACUCUUUGUACCAACAUCCGCUCAAAUAGAUUUGCAGCUAGAAUCAUUAUAUGAGACCUAUAAGGACAAAGGUCUGCCAAUAGUGCCUAAGCUGGUUGUCGUAGGUUCGGUUACAGAGAUCGAAGGUUCAUUCAUCGUUGGAUACCACAAAAAGUUAUACCAUACACAAUCAGCAGCAAGAGCGUUAGAUAUAGUUGUGAAGCUCACAGCGGUGCAUAACUUACCAUAUGCAAAGCUUUCCAAACUAGUGUGGCACUUUAUAACAGAUUACAUUUACCAAAUCAAACAACUCGAAACGUACAGUGCUAUCGAAGAGCUAAAAAGGCAUCUAACCAAAACAGAAGGAAAAAAACAUGAUUAAAUGUUUUAUAGAGAAAUGCAAUCGUACCAUGCCGAAUCCGAACGAAUAUUUCAAACAUUUAAAAAACGACCAUCGACUACCAGCUUUGUUCGAUUAUAAAUGUACGCACGUCAAUUGUCGUCAGACAUUUUCCAAACUUUAUACGUUUAAAAAACAUAUUUUAAAACAUGAAGAGCUUGAACCUUCGAAUUCAUCGGAACUGCAACCCACAGAACUCGCUGAUCAAUCUAUUACAUUGGAACCUACAGCGGCAGAGAAUGAUGUACCAAACAAAAAAAAGAAGCUGCAAAACAAGGACUUCGAGCCAAACAGAUUCAUCGAAGAGUUCGAAAACACUGCUUUGAAUUUUACGCUGGGCCUACACUCCAAAAAUAAUAUAACCCGAAAAGAUGUUUAUGAGAUCCAAAAAAAAGUAAAGAAAAUGCUUUCGGAUAUUGCUUCUGUUUUGGACAAUCUGAAUUUGGAUACUGGUGAUCCGGAAGUAAACUUCUCUUUCAAACAGAUAAUUGAAUCUAUGAAUAAUUUUUUUGAUUCUAUGAAUUCCGAUCAUAAGCUGUUCGAAAAACUGAAAAACAAGGGCUUAUUUCAAUUACCAACUAUUGUUUCGCUUGACCAGUCUUCGAAUCUACAAUUACGGAACAUUCUAGAAGAAGAAGAAAAUCAAGAUAGCUUCUUAAUAUUGAUGCCGAUUGCUGAGCAACUGAGACUUUUUUUUGAAUGUGAGAAUGUAUUGCAAGACACGCUCGAGAACACCUCUAAAAUGGAAAAAUCAAAAGACAUUUCGAAUCAUGUUAAUGGAUCAACAUGGAAAAAUGUGAGAUCCAAAUAUGCUAAGGAUCUGAUUCUCCCAAUAUGGCUAUACGCAGAUGAAUUCGAAAUAAACGAUUCACAAAGUUCUCACAUCAUCCGCCAUACGACUUGUGGCAUAUACUAUAAUAUUCCGACAAUCCCGGAUGCUUUUCGUUCGAGACUAAACACGAUAUUUGUUGCCGGAUUAAUCAAAAAAACUGAUAUCAGAAACGCUGGAGUCAACAAGCUUUUCUCUCCUUUAAUUGAUGUUUUCAAAACGUUAGAAGAACCUGGAUUGAACAUAACCAGCAAAGGAAAACAAGUAGUUGUUAAAUUUGUUUUGACUUUAUUUCAAGGCGACAAUCUUGGGAUCCAUUCCUCGUUACUCUUUUCAAGUGGUUUCAACGCUACAUUUUUCUGUAGAUUUUGCAGGAGGCCAAAGGAACUCCUUAAAAAAGAUACUAUUGAACAUCCAGAUUGCCUGAGACGCGUUGCAGAUUAUAAUCACGAUGUUAUCAUAAAUCAACCUAGUGAAUCGGGAAUAUGCGGCAAUUCAGUCUUCAAUGAACUCAAUUUCUUUCAUGUAACGGAAAAUAAGACUGUCGAUGCCAUGCACGAUUUAUUCAGUAACGGAGUUUGCAAAUAUGGAAUAAUCGAGGUUCUGGAUUAUUUAAUUUACAUGAAAAAAUAUUUUUCUUUAGAAAUUCUCAAUAAAAGGAAAAGGGAGAUUGCCAAUGUAAUCGUUGAGAACGAGUUAAAACGUAUGCCGGAUGCAAUUGAAGUGUACAACACCAAUAAAAAACGGAAGUCUGUUUCAUUGAGAAUGACAUCAAGUGAAACACAGGUUUUUAUAUAUUAUUUCACUUUUAUUAUUGGACAGUAUGUGCCACAUUACGAUAAUGUUUGGAAUUACUGCAAAGCUUUAGUCAAAUUGACAGAAUUGUGUCUAUUACAUUGUUAUUCACCUGCUGAUAUAACGGAACUGCGAAAAGAAAUUGAAAAACAUCAUGCAAUGUACUUAGAAUUGUUUAAACAAGACUUGAAACCAAAACAUCAUUUCAUUGUACAUUAUCCAACGGUAAUUUCGGCUUCCGGACCUGUGGUAGAUAUGAUGUGCUUCAGAAACGAAGCUAAACAUAAAGGAUUUAAGCAAUAUUCACACAUUAUAAAUUCACGUAAAAAAAUUUGUUAUACUCUUGGUAUAAAAGCGAGUUUGCAAUUUUCCAAUGAUGUAUUUAAGAAAAAUUUCUUCUCAGAAAACGUAAAUGAGGAUAAUUAUCAAAUGUUUAACAUAAAGUGUCGCAGUUAUUUUUCAGAACUUGUUCAACCACUUUCCAUAUGCAGCAGCUUGGAUUUUUUUCUAGCAAACUCGAUCAAUUAUAAAGGCACAAGUUUGAGAUCAGGGCACUUCUUAACACUCAGAAUCAAUGGAAUUUUAUAUUUGUUUGAAAUAGUAGAAUUCAUUCUUCAUGAAAAAAAAUACUUUGUUGUAGUAAAUGAAUGGAAAGUUGGUGAAUUCGAUGAGCAUUACUAUGCGUAUAAAGCGAUUCGAAAAAGUCAAACAGUAGAAAUUUUCCGAUUAGAUAUGUUUUCGAGUUUACCACUAUUGCUGUGCAUGAUAAACGACACAUUUUACUUCAAAGAAAAAAAAUAUUUUAAUAACCUGGACUGAUUUGUUUAAUAACAUUGUAAAAUAUAAACUAUAUAUGAGAGUAAACGGUUUUGUUUUUUGAAUAUAUAAAAAGUCUUCUAAGGAAGUAAUUUAAUUGAUAAAGUGUGUGAUAAUGAAAGAUAUCAGUGCAAGUAUAAAGUUAUCUCUCCUUCAGAAGCAGUAUGAACAAAACAAGA